AUGAGUCCAUUAGCAAGAGCUCUGCCUGCCUGUUCGUCUCUGUUCAAAGCUCCAUGGACUCGAGUGAUGGUGUAUGGAUUCAGUCAUAAAGUGCAGCGUAAUGGCCAGCUGAACCUGAUGGGGGCCGUGUGUUUCCCGCUGGACGCCUCUCCGUCCAACACCGGCCUCACUUCUCCACCCACAGCCAACCAGUAUCCUAGCAUCAUCAUCCCCACCGACAAAGUGCACGACAAAUUGGGCGUGUCUCCCCCUCCUGGAGCAGUGCUGGUGUUGCACUCGUUGCUUCUUGAGUUUCCAUUGGCGAUGGUUUUCACUGAACAGCUGCUAACCUACAGUGUAGGAGAAACCAUAGAGCGCUCUGAGGAUGAGCUGGACACGGUGCCCACUUCUGUGCUCAUUCAGGUCGUGGAGCUGCCAGAUCUCAAAUUUCUCGAGGAAGUUCUCCCUCUAGUGCCGUUUGCGCCCACUGUACACGCUUAA